AUGGAUACCCCAAGGGUCCUGCUCUCGGCCGUCUUCCUCAUCAGUUUCCUAUGGGAUUUGCCCGGUUUCCAGCAAGCUUCCAUCGCAUCCUCCUCGUCGUCCGCCGAGCUAGUCUCCGCCAAGGGAAUGCGAAGCCGCAAAGAAGGGAAGAUGCCGCGGGCGCCGCGAGCGAAUGCCACUGCCCGGGCCCCCCUGGAGAGCCAGGAGCCACAGCCAAGGCCGCAGGAGGAGCCCCGGCGGCGACCGCCACAGCAGCCCGAGGCUCAGGAGCCUCCGGGCAGGGGCCCGCGCGUGGUGCCCCACGAGUACAUGCUGUCAAUCUACAGGACUUACUCCAUCGCCGAGAAGCUGGGCAUCAAUGCCAGCUUUUUCCAGUCUUCCAAGUCGGCCAAUACGAUCACUAGCUUUGUAGACAGGGGAUUAGACGAUCUCUCGCACACUCCUCUCCGGAGACAGAAGUAUUUGUUUGAUGUGUCCACGCUCUCAGACAAAGAAGAGCUGGUGGGCGCGGAGCUGCGGCUCUUUCGCCAGGCGCCCGCAGCGCCCUGGGGGCCGCCGGCCCGGCCGCUCCACGUGCAGCUCUUCCCUUGCCUGUCGCCCCUGCUGCUGGACGCGCGGACCCUGGACCCGCAGGGGGCGCCCCGGGCCGGCUGGGAAGUCUUCGACGUGUGGCAGGGCCUGCGCCACCAGCCCUGGAAGCAGCUGUGCUUGGAGCUGCGGGCCGCGUGGGGCGAGCCGGGAGCCGGGGAGGCAGAGGCGCGCGCUCCGGAGCCCCAGCAGCCGCCGCCCCCGGACCUGCGGAGUCUGGGCUUCGGCCGGAGGGUGCGGACCCCCCAGGAGCGCGCCCUGCUCGUCGUGUUCACCAGAUCGCAGCGCAAGAACCUGUUCGCCGAGAUGCGCGAGCAGCUGGGUUUGGCCGAGGUGGCGGGCCCGGGCGCGGGCGCGGGCGCCGAGGGGUCGUGGCCGCCGCCGUCGGGCACCCCGGACGCCGGGCCUUGGCUGCCCUCGCCCGGCCGCCGGCGGCGUCGCACGGCCUUCGCCAGCCGCCAUGGCAAGCGGCACGGCAAGAAGUCGAGGCUGCGCUGCAGCAAGAAGCCCCUGCACGUGAACUUCAAGGAGCUGGGCUGGGACGACUGGAUUAUCGCGCCCCUGGAGUACGAGGCCUACCACUGCGAAGGCGUGUGCGAUUUCCCGCUGCGCUCGCACCUGGAGCCCACCAACCACGCCAUCAUCCAGACGCUGAUGAACUCCAUGGACCCCGGCUCCACCCCGCCCAGCUGCUGCGUGCCCACUAAACUGACUCCCAUCAGCAUCCUGUACAUCGACGCGGGCAAUAACGUGGUCUACAAGCAGUACGAGGACAUGGUGGUGGAGUCUUGCGGCUGCAGGUAGCGGCGCCUUUCCCGCCGCCUUGGCCCGGGACCGCAGGGGAGGCCUGACUGCAGAGAGGCGGAGGAGGAGCUGGCCUUGGAGGAGGCGGGGAGCGGGGGAGCAGCCUGGACACUCAGCCGGGUGGGAGACGAGGGAGUUUCGCCUCCCCAGAACCUUCCACCUGCCAGCCCAGAGGGUGAGACGGAUUUUCACACCUUGCCCGGCCACCCUGGAAAAACAAGCCAAGGAGGAUUUCUUUAGUUU